ACUACACUCUUGCACGGCUGCGUUAUCUAGUUUCUGUUGCCAGUUGUCCUCAGUAAUUUGUAACAUUGCCGCGAAAUCAGCUGCCCAACAUGCAGUUGGGUAGAAGAAAAACGUGCCGCUAGGUUUUCUCAUUCAAAUUUCUUGACGAAACGCAGCUUUCCUCGUAAACAGCUCGCGCGCGUCGCGAAGUGGUUUGACACAAUAUUCGACGAUGUCCGGGUCUUACUACUUCGUGAUCGUCGGGCAUUUCGAUAAUCCCGUCUACGAGAUGGAGUUUCACCCCGCCAACAAGCAGGCAAACAAGGAAGACCACCGUUAUCUCAGCCAGUUCAUCGCUCAUGCCGCCCUUGACCUUGUGGACGAGUGCAUGUGGGCCACAAACAACAUGUACCUGAAAGUGGUCGACAAGUUCAACGAGUGGUUCGUGUCCGCCUUCGUCACGGCAAACCGCAUGCGUUUCCUCGUCCUCCACGACGUGAAGAAUGAGGACGGCAUCAAGAACUUUUGUACGGAAAUGUACGAGUUCUACGUGAAGUAUGCCCUGAACCCCUUCUACGAGCACAACACGCCGAUCAAGUCGGCGGCUUUUGAUGAAAAGGCCAAGUUCUACGGCAGGAAGUACUUGACAGGCUGAGCAGUUUUACAUCCUGCCAUGUCCUGUGGAAAGAUGAUUGAGCGUGCAACUAGUUUUCACACAUCUGCAAGCUCAGCUCAGCUUUGAAAUCAUGUCUGUUGCAAUCAUGUUCGAAGCUUUCUUGUUUUUACGAAGUAAUAAACCUGGCACUGUGGAGA